AUGCAUGAGCAUAUCGAGAAGUUCUACCGCGACGUACAUGCCUGUAUCACUCCGAGUAUGGAACCUUCAAUCGCCAAGUUCGGCAUCAAAGGUGUGGAUAUGGCGGAACUCUUGCAAGAAUGUUCUAGUCCAACUGCAGCACUCAAGCAUGCGCUCGUAGCAUACGUACUGGGUAUAACGGGGCCAAAGCAAAAAGGGGACAGGGAAGGCGCAUUAUUCCCAGAAGAGCUGGCGCAUGUCGCAAAUGGCGCCGACGUUGGAUCAGGUAAACCUCCAUCCCUACCCCUCGAUCCGCGGAAGGCAUUAAGCUCACACCCCAUCCUAGAUCCCGACUUCAUAGCCGCCACCUCUCUCCACCGCCGCGUCUCCGUCUACCUCUACAGCACCAUAACCGGGUACCCGAACCGGCGCAAAUCCUGGAUGGCGCAGUCAGAAACACGCGAAGCAGCCGAACAUUUCUCGCUUACCUUCUUCCCUUGGGCGAAUCCUACGUCUAGCGAUCAGGACAGAGAUGAGGAUCUCGCGCGGAUUAUUACGGAUGCGCUGACGGUGAGGAUAUGGUUGUUUGGGCAGUUGGAUACGUAUGAGUUUGAGUGGGAAGGGGUGGGAGAGAGGGGCAUUGUGAUUAAUCCCGAGUUGGUGGAGAGGAAAUGGAGGAGUGAUAGUAGAGAUGGGGGUGGGGAUGGGGAUGUGGUGACUGAUGAAGUCAUUCCCAUCUUUUCGCCAUUGAGCUGCGAAGUCCCGUUUGAAGCGAGACACGGCUACUACGGCUUCUACUCUGGCCAGAGUUGA